AUGAGUUCUUUACGAUUUCUCGACCUGGUCAAGCCCUUUGUGCCGUUCCUCCCCGAGGUUCAGCAGCCAGAGACCAAGAUUCCCUUCAACCAAAAGUUGAUGUGGACCGGCUUGACACUGCUCAUCUUCUUGGUGAUGAGCCAGAUGCCCCUCUACGGCAUUGUCUCGUCAGACACAUCCGAUCCUCUAUACUGGCUGCGCAUGAUGAUGGCGAGUAACCGUGGUACACUGAUGGAAUUGGGUAUCACUCCCAUUAUCUCGUCUGGCAUGGUCUUCCAGCUUCUUGCCGGCACCCACAUGAUCGAUGUCAACCUCGACCUCAAGUCCGACCGUGAGCUCUACCAGACCGCCCAGAAGCUCUUCGCCCUCAUUCUCUCCGUUGGUACCGCCACUGUCUACGUCUUCACCGGUCUCUACGGCCCUCCCAGCGAUCUCGGUGCCGGUAUUGUCUUCCUCCUGAUCCUUCAGCUGGUUCUUGCUGGUAUGAUCGUCAUUCUCCUCGAUGAGCUCCUCCAGAAGGGCUAUGGUCUUGGCAGCGGUAUCUCGCUCUUCAUUGCCACCAACAUCUGCGAGUCCAUCAUGUGGAAGGCUUUCUCCCCCACCUCGAUCAACACCGGCCGUGGCCCCGAGUACGAGGGUGCCGUUAUCGCUCUCUUCCACCUCCUCAUGACCUGGCCCAACAAGCAGAGAGCUCUCCAGGAGGCUUUCUACAGACAGAACCUGCCCAACAUCAUGAACCUCCUCGCCACCCUCCUCGUCUUCGCCGCUGUCAUCUACCUCCAGGGCUUCCGCGUCGAGAUCCCUGUCAAGUCGUCCCGCCAGCGUGGUGCUCGUGGCUCGUACCCCAUCCGCCUGUUCUACACCUCAAACAUGCCCAUCAUGCUUCAGUCCGCCCUCUCCUCCAACAUCUUCCUGAUCAGCCAGAUGCUCUACUCUCGCUUCUCCGAGAACCUUCUGGUCCGUCUUUUCGGUGUCUGGGAGGCCAAGGACGGCUCUUCGCAGCUCUCCGCCAUCUCCGGUCUCGUCUACUACAUGUCUCCUCCCCUCAACUUCAAGGACGCCAUGCUUGACCCCAUCCACACCUUCGUCUACAUUGCCUACAUGCUCACCGCCUGCGCCGUCUUCUCCAAGACCUGGAUUGAGGUUUCUGGCUCCAGCCCCCGCGAUGUUGCCAAGCAACUCAAGGACCAGGGUCUCGUUAUGGCUGGCCACCGUGAGCAGAGCAUGUACAAGGAGCUCAAGCGCAUUAUCCCUACUGCCGCUGCCUUCGGUGGCGCCUGCAUUGGUGCUCUCUCUGUUGCCAGUGACCUCAUGGGUGCGCUCGGCUCCGGUACCGGAACUCUUCUUGCUGUUACCAUCAUUUAUGGGUACUUCGAGAUCGCUGCCAAGGAGGGUGAUCUGUCCGGCAUGAAGGGGAUGAUCAUGGGUUAA